AGCAGGCAAGACGUUCGCUACUGCGCUCCGUCCUGCACGCCAUCAUGAAGUUCUUGUUCGUCCUUCUGGUUCUGUUGCUUAUUGUUGAUUGUCAAGGUAUGGUGUUACAUAUUACUUCCAACCACCAGGACAUCAGUGAGGAGGCAACUGUCGAAGACAACAUUGAUCGUAUAGAAAGGCAGGACCUCCUACAAGGCCCAGAUGACAGGCGCAACGCAUCGUCUACACUGCCAGAAGUGUUGGUGCCGUCUACGGACUUGGAUGACCAACUGGAGGCCACGACAUUGCAGUCACCGGACAGAGCUCAGGAUGCCGUCGGAGGAAGCGACGAAGACGCGUCCUUGUCAACCAUUACGGUCAUACGCACUCCUGUAGACUAUCGUUUAACGCGUACUAUAUAUGAAUACCUCUACGAAACGUGUGGUUGCAUUCUCGCAAUCGGUGCGUGUGUGUAUUCACUGAUCUUGUUCAGAAAAGCAGUAAAAUUCUUGAGGUGCUAUGAACAACACAACCAUGCUCAACGCGUUCCUGAACCACAGCAGGCCCCAUUGAGCUUCCAAGAGAUGCUUGAAAGAGAGGACCACCACCCGUACUCCAUUCUUCCAUGAGUUCGGAGAACAGUCAAAAACUUUCAGAGAUUUUGGACUAAUUGACAUUUUGUCUAUGGAAUGAGUGAUUGAUUAUUUUGUAAAAUUUUUUUGUUUAUUUAUAGAUGCAGUCACAUUCUUAUUUAUAGACGCAGUCACAGUCAUAACCGGUUUCAGCCAUACAAUUACCAUCUUCAGAUUCUAAAACAAUACAAAAGAAAAUUUAUAUUAAAACCUAAAAAAGUGCAAUAUUUAACCAGUCUAACUAGUAAUCUAACUGAAUUUAUGCGAAAUUGUUUUAGAAUCUGAGGAUGGUCAUUGUAUGGCCGAAACCGGUUAUGACUGUGUCAUAAGAACGUGAUUGCGUGUAUAAACAAACAAAUUUUUUUUUACAUUCAGAGAUUUAUUAUAUUAAUCGC